GGAGCAGAGAAUGGAACAUGUGCAGGAGUCAGCAGCCAUCACUUGGAGUAUCUGUAUUAAGUUGUCCUACAGCAAACCUACAGCAGCACUCUGUUCAAAUUCUGAAAGGCUCCAACAAGCAUCCUGUUACAGCAGUAGCACAGCUUUAUACAGGAUACACCUGCGCCAUGAACUCUGAAUGUGCUCCAAGUGCUGUAGUACAGCAAAGUCCAUUACACCAGAGAGCUCACAAAGAAAAGAAACCAUGUAAAUGUCCUGAAUGCAGUAAGUGUUUCAAACAAAGGACCCAUCUAGUAAUACAUGAAAGGAUUCACACUGGGGUGAGAUCAUAUAAAUGUGCUGAAUGCAAUAAGGGUUUCAAACAAAGGGGGGAUCUAGUAAAACAUGAAAGGACUCACAUGCUGGAGAAACCAUAUAAAUGUGCUGAAUGCAAUAAGUGUUUUGUACAAAGGAGUGUUCUAGUACAACAUGAAAGGACUCACAUGAGGGAAGGGGAGAAACCAUAUAAAUGUGCUGAAUGCAGUAAGGGAUUCACAAGCGCUGGUAACCUUAGAGCUCAUCUGUUCAUUCACAGUAGAGAGAAACCAUAUAAAUGUCCUGAAUGCAAUAAAGGUUUCAUACGAAGGGCUCAGCUAGUAGGACAUGAAAGGAUUCACACUGGGGAGACACCAUAUAAAUGUCCUGAAUGUAAUAAGGGUUUCAGACAAAUGUGUUCUCUAGUACAACAUGAAAGGACUCACAUGAGUGAAGGGGAGAAGCCAUUUAAAUGUGCUGAAUGCAGUAAGGGAUUUACAAGUGCUGGUAACCUUAGAACUCAUCUGUUCGUUCACAGUAGAGAGAAACCAUAUAAAUGUCCUGAAUGCAAUAAAGGUUUUAUACAAAGGAUUCAGCUAGUAGUACAUGAAAGGAUUCACACUGGGGAGACACCAUAUAAAUGUCCUGAAUGCAGUAAGUGUUUCAGACAAAUGUGUUCUCUAGUAAAACAUGAAAGGACUCACAUGGGAGAGAAUCUAGUACACCAUGAAAGGACUCACAUGCUGGAGAAACCAUAUAAAUGUGCUGAAUGCAGUAAGGGUUUCACUACAACUCGUGCCCUUAGAAUUCAUCUGUCAGCUCACAGUGGGGAGAGGCCAUAUAAAUGUCGUGAAUGCAAUAAGUGUUUCAUACAAAGGAGUGUUCUAGUAAAACAUGAAAAGACUCAUAUGCUGGAGAAACCAUAUAAAUGUGCUGAAUGCAGCAAGGGUUUCAUAACAACUAGUGCCCUUAGAGUUCAUCUAUUAGUUCACAGUGGGGAGAAACCAUAUAAAUGUCCUGAAUGCAGUAAGGGAUUCACAAUGGCUAGUAGUCUUAAAACACAUCUGUUAAUUCACAGUAGGGAGAAGCCAUAUAAAUGUCCUGAAUGCAAUACGUAUUUCAGACUAAGGAGGGACCUACUAAGGCAUAAAAGGACUCACAUGCUGGAGAAACCAUAUAAAUGUCCUGAAUGUAAUAAGUGUUUCAGACAAAGGCAUGUUCUAGUACAACAUGAAAGGACACACACGGGGCUGAAACCAUAUAAAUGUACUGAAUGCAAUAAGUGUUUCAGACAAAGUAGUACUCUAGUAACACAUGAAAGGACACACACAGGGGUGAAACCAUAUAAAUGUCCUGAAUGUAAUAAGUGUUUCAAACAAAGACAUGUUUUAGUACAACAUGAAAGGACACACACGGGGGUGAAACCAUAUAAAUGUACUGAAUGCAAUAAGUGUUUUAGACAGCGUAGUACUCUAGUAACACAUGAAAGGACACACACAGGGGUGAAACCAUAUAAAUGUCCUGUUUGCAAUAAGUGUUUUGGACAAAUGAGUACUCUAGUGAAACAUGAAAGGACUCACAUGGGAGAUGCCAAGUCAGCAAGCAAAAGUAGUAUUGCUGAAACUGAAUUCCUCCUCCUGUUGAGGUGAGUACUGUCAUGAGGUGGACACUGUUUUUCAUAAAAUCUCACUAAGAUUACACUGACAUAUAAACUGUAAUUUAUAUAGUGUAUAUCAUGGACAGAAGUAGGUCAAAAAUUAAAAAAAGAUGGCUACAAGACCCAAGGUAAAAAAAAAAAUGCAAUCCUGGUAGGUAUGCUGGUGCCAGGAUUGGAAAAAAAAUGACUGCACAGAAUCCUCAAAAAUAUGAUAACAUUCCUACAGUGGGGCCAGGCCCAGAUGGAGGAUGGGCCCCCUGUUGUAGAAAGAAGCAGAUGUCCACAAAAAAAUGAUAGACCAACGAAGAGCCAUAAUGAUAGAGUGGUCUGCUGAGGAUAAGAAAGAAAUUGUGUAUUGUUAUUAUUAUG